AUGGUUCACACCACGCCCUCGGGCCGCCUCAUCUGGGACGAAGAGGCUCACGUCCAGCUGCUCACGGCCAUCUUCAAGCAUGCGCCUCCCUCCGACGUCGAGUGGGAGGCAAUUCGUCAAGACCUCGCAACCAAGGAUUUCCACUGCACCGUUGUUGCCUUGAAGCAGCAUCUCAUCAAGCUUCGCAAGAGGGACGGCAACCUCUAUUCCCCUGCUGCUUCGGCUGGCAGCGCUGGCAGCACUCCUGUCCGCGCCCCCCGAGGCGGCGCUGCUCGCCGUGGCCGUGGCUCUUCCGGUCGCGCGUCUGGUGGCGGCCGAGGCGGCCGUGGCAAGCGCAGUGCCGCUGCUGCUUUUGCCGGCACUCGCUACAACCAGGAUUACGACCCCGAGGAGGAGAUCGACGACUAUGGCCCCGGCCCCGAUGUCGACGGUGACAUCGAGACGCCCUCCAAGCGAAUCAAGCGUUCUCAGACCAUGUUCGAGGCCGACGCCGAUGUCGGUGUCGGCUUCCAGACCCCCAAACCGCGGGCCAAGCGCUCUGAGACCAUGGCGGAGUAUGAUGUCGCGGGCAACACCCGAGAGUGGGAGGCCAAGUACGCUGAUGAGCUCAAGAAGGGCUACCGUCCCACCACUAACGACCGCACUCUGACUGCGCGUCUGAGCAAGGUUGAGGGCAUCAAUCCCUACAUCGCUUCUGGCCUUCUCGAUGUGCCUCUCAAGCCCGGAGAGGUCCUCUGGGAUCGAGUUCCGCUCGAGGCCCAGAACCCUGACGACUUUGAGGUUCUCGGCCACAACCCGACCAAGGAGGAGCGUGUCGGACAUUUCUACGACGGGCUGCUUGCUCUGCUUCCCGACUACAAGCCGCCCCAGGGCCACGCCGCUUACAAGAAGGGCGUCCAGCAGAACAGUGUCCAGAAUCAGCAUGCCCCGCAGCAGAAGAAGAUCAAGAAGGAGCCCCUUGAGCAGGACGCCGACGAGCAGCAGGUUGAGAUUGAUGACUGGGAUCGCCUCGACAAUGAGGAGAACACGAAGGACGACUGGCCCUUCCCCAACAUGACGCCCAGCGAGUGGAUUGCCCUGACCACCCAAGGCCCUGCCUACCACCCGGGCGGCUUAAACCAGGCCAACGACAACAAGAACGUUGGCGACGCCACCGAGGACAGCAAGGACUUCUACACUUUCACUCGUCGCCGCAACCCCUUCGAGGAUGAGAAGCAUGAGGACGAUAAGAACUACGGCUUUUUCUGA